AGACAUUAGUACUGGUCUGGCUGUUCACUCUGACUCUACUCCCGGAUCCUCUGCUCGAACAACGCAGUCUUGUCGAGGCUGAAUCACGGUCAGGCGUAUGGACAGGCGCCCGUAGCUCCGUAGACCCUUCCUUAUCUAUCUAUCCGUGCAUUAAACGGACUACACCGACGAGUCAUUUCCCGCACGUUUCUGGACUCUUCUCUCCGGUGUCUCACACUGCAGGGCCUCUUCACUUUACAGGAAAAAGUGGGUGUUUGCUGCUCACUGGUGUUCCGGCGGCGGCGGCGGCGGCGAGCAGCGAAGUGUCCUCGAUGGCAGGCUGGAAGGACGGCUCGGUGCAGGAGAAGUAUCGGCUGGUAGUGGUCGGAGGAGGUGGUGUCGGGAAAUCAGCCCUGACUAUCCAGUUUAUUCAGUCGUACUUUGUCACUGACUAUGACCCCACGAUUGAAGACUCCUAUACCAAGCAGUGUGUGAUUGACGAAAGAGCGGCCAGGCUUGACAUCCUGGACACGGCUGGACAGGAAGAGUUUGGAGCCAUGAGAGAACAAUACAUGAGGACAGGGGAGGGCUUCCUGCUCGUCUUCUCAGUCACUGACAGAGGAAGCUUUGAAGAAAUCUACAAAUUCCAAAGACAAAUUCUCCGAGUGAAAGACAGAGAUGAAUUCCCUAUGAUCCUCGUAGGAAACAAAGCAGACCUGGAACAACAGAGACAAGUAACCCAGGAAGAGGGUCAGCAGCUGGCCAGACAACUGAAGGUCACAUAUAUGGAGGCUUCAGCCAAAAUCCGUAUGAACGUAGACCAGGCUUUCCACGAGCUGGUUAGAGUUAUCAGGAAAUUCCAAGAACAGGAAUGUCCACCGUCGCCAGAGCCUACAAGAAAAGAGAAAGACAAGAGCGGCUGCCAUUGUGUGAUCGUCUGAGUCAGCCUUAUCACUGUAACUCAUGCAGCUGCUCUGUUCCCCCCCCCCACCCACUCUGCCUGACAUCACAUCCUAAGUGGAUGACUGACCGCUGCCUUUUCCACGUGCAUGACUUCAGACAGCCUUUUCUGAGAUACUUUGACGAGGAAAUGCUGUCCCCAGGACAUCAUUAUGGACAACUGACAAUGCCAAAUUUUAACACCACUCUACCUUCAGCCGUAAUCUAAUUCAAACGAGAGAGUCCCAACACUAAACAUUGCCUUCUGAAUCAGCCUGACAAAUUAAUGUUUUGUACUCUGAAGGACUUCUCUUGCCUUGUAGUGACUUUGUACUUGCUACCGAGAUUGAAUGAAAACUAUAUAUCCAGAAUGUUGAUGAGUUUCUUUAGUUUCCAGUGUCUGACCAGAGCAGAGAGAUUAUCUUCUGAAGCUUUGUGUACGUUGUGCCAUAUCCACCUUUACUCCCAUGUGCUAAUCUGCUACUGUACAUAUGUGACAUGUGUUGUGAUUUUCAAAGUGUACUUCUAAUGAUCUAUUAAAUCACCACAGUACAGUGUGUGAGGUUGAGUUUGGUUUUACAUAUAUGAAAGUGAAUAUAUAAGUAUGUAUAUAAAUAUAAAGCCUAGACAGCCCUUAAAGCUACAAUGAUAGAAGUUUAUGGCAUUCUGCAGUGGAUUCUUCUUCUUUGUCUGUGGUUUCUGCUUUCAUCUCAAUUGCCAAAUACUGUGUCUACUGUAUUUGAAUUUUUUUAAGUCUUAUAGAUUGAAGCAUUCUUAUCCUAUGCUAUUUCAUCAAUGAACUGAAAGUAGCACAUUUGUCUGAAUUUCUAUCCUCAAAGGUGGCGGUUCAGUCAACAUUGGCAUGGUUUAAGAUUUCCAAGAAGCAGUAGAUAAAUGUAAUGGUAGCAUAUUGUGUAACUUUGACAACUAACAUGAUUCAAAACACUGAAUGCUACAUAUUCAACUUUUGACAAGUCAUGUUAUCAAAUCCAUUUGUUGCAAAUCAAGGAGCUUUCAGAGCUCAGUUCAGUUCAGAUCAUUCCAGUGUAAUGCAUCUUUUCUGUCAAACAUUUAGUCAACAAACGGAUCAAAUAACUGUCAUAUCAUUCCAAUAACACAGUGGCAACGUUUCUGUUUGGUGUUUUUGAAUUAUUCUGUUGCAUACAUUUUUUCCCCAAUGAUCUGUCAGUCCGAAAACAAGUGGAAGCGUUGAGAUGCGCAGCCGUUCUCCAAAGGCUCAUGAGCUCCCCGGACCUGCCACUUGUUGAGAAAUCCUCAGCACAGACACAAAGUACUGUUUCGCCUUCCCUUUCCACUCCUGUACUUCUGUUUGGGCCUAUGAAUGAAGUACUGCAGAUUGUUUUCCAUAUCAUCCUCUUGUAUUAUAUAAAACAAGAAAAUCAGAUGAUGGAAGUAAUAGACUUGAUUAAAUGUUUCUACUCUACUUUUAUACAUUAUUUUCUUAUCAAACUAGUUGACAAGUAUUUUUACAUGUUUAUAAGUGACAACACAUCCACAGCAUAGCUGUGGAUAUAUUUAAGGAGAAAUGUUGAAUUCUCUUGAUCUUAAACUGGAGAUGACUAUUGGCCCAAAUUUGCUAAAUUAGAUUGUUCAACCAGAUGUGACCUUGAAUGUAAUUUCUUAUUGUGGCUUAGUAAUGGAGAAUAUAUUUAUCUUUGAGGUGUUCACCACCAGCGCCGAGUUUAAAAUGCCGGGUUAGGUGGGAGAGGGUCUAAGAAAGGAUUCUGGUCUUUACAUUGGAGUUUAAAACCACAUGACUCAAUUAUUAUAAUAACUACUCCACACCUUAUUGCAAAUCCUAGUGUACAUUCAGAUCAUACUGUGUUUUUUUUCUUUUUCUUCCAUAUCAGUGUCUUUUGCCCUGUGUCUAGCUUUUGGUGCUAAAAUAAAAUCUGUCAUUGAGCCA